AAACCAAAACCAAUAGUACACCAUGGUAGCCCAUUAAAUUCCCCACAUUUUACUAUCAACACUAUUCGAAAAGUAUAUUAAAAACAUUAAAAAAAAAAAAAGCUUCAAAAAACUCCCAAAAGACGCCAAACAAAGAUCAAGAUUCAAGAUUGUAAACUGGAGAGAGGUAUAUUGUCACCAACCCUUUUUAGCCUGUAUACAGAGGAGCUAGCAGCCAGGAUGAGAAGAGUGAAUGUAGGGGUAAGUGUGGGGAAUGAUAAAGUAUGUGUGCUUCUUUAUGCAGAUGACGUAGUUGUUAUGAGUGAAUCGGCAGAUGAGCUUCAAAGUCUGUUGGAUGUAGUGGAUGGCUAUGGUAAAGACUUUGGAGUAAGGUUUAGCAGUGAGAAAAGCAAAGUAAUGAUUGUGAAUAGGUCAGAGGAUGAAAGUAAUGUGGUAUGGAGACUUGGAGAGAAUGAGUUGAGACAGGUGCAAGAAUACAAGUACUUAGGGAUGUGGAUGAGUCCUAGUCGGUGUACAAAGGCAAAGAAUGAAAAGAUAAGUAUGCUAAACCAGUGGGUAGGUCGAUUGGGAAGCGCGGCAAGGAUGAGAGCAAGUAAGUAUGAUGUGUUGAGAGAAGUGUGGAAGAGUGUGGCUGUGCCAUGUAUAAUGUAUGGUAUGGAUGUGAUUGCAUGGAAUGAAAGUGAAAUUGAUAAGUUAGAAGUGGGCCAGAAUAGAGUAGCAAGGAUGGCACUGAGUGCACCGAGGUGCACAGCAGUUGAAGCCUUGAGAGGUGAUAUGGGAUGGAGCACCUUUAGGGAAAGACUGACAAAAGCCACACUUAGGUACAAGAUUAGGCUUGAGAGAAUGGAUGAUGCAAGAAUAGCAAGGAAGGUGUACCUGUGGAAUGAAAGUGGAAGCAAAUGGAGGAAGAGAUGCAUGAGAAUGACAGACAGGAAUGGAUUGCAAAUUGUGUGGGCGAUAAGAAUGCCUGGGAGGAAUCAAAAUGAGCGUGAAUGGGUGGUAACAAGAGGAGGCAGAGUGGGAGUCGAAUGGGAUGUGAGAAAAUGGAAGAAUGAGAUAGACAAAGAAGUGAAAUGUGUGGGACUGAAUGAAUGGAAGAAUGAGAUGGAAAGAAAGAAGAUCCUGGAAUGGUACAAGGAGAAAGAGGUCCCGAGGUAUGAAAGGUGGUAUGAUGGAAGCCUGGGCGGUGAUCUUCUCUUCCGAACGAGGGCACAGUGUAUGGAUGUGCAUGCAAGGAGUUACAGGUGGUCUGAGUCCCGCAGCAAAGUGUGCCAGAUGUGUGACAUGGGAGAGGAUGAGACGGUGGAACAUGUGGUGCUGGAGUGUGUGAAGUAUGCCAGAGACAGGAAUGAGAUGAUGCAAGUGAUACUGACUGAGUUAGGGCACGAUAGGAAUGAAAGAUUGGAGAACUCAGGAAAGGAGUGGAUGGCGUUGUUGCUGGGACUGUGUAGAGAGGCCAAUGAAAGGAUGAUUGAGGCGGUGAAAGAGUUUCUGGAGAGAAUAUGGCGUGCCAGAUGUAGGAACAGUUACUAUAGAUGUAGGAUAUAGCUGUUAUAUCUAUCGCAUACGGUACGAUAUGUUGGCCCUCCCGGCACCACUGUACGCUCUGCCGCUCUCGAGGCAGUCCAGGGAAUAAAGGUCUUAAGGAAGCACCGCGUCUUCCUUACACCCUACAUGGCGCAGUGAUUGGAGUAACCAUGGCUGGCCGGCCCCGCUUCAACACAACCACGUCAAGGGCUCCCAGGACACCUAGGACACCUGGGGUCCCCAGCAGCCAUCUCGCCACCACACUGGAGAUGCAGCAGGCGCUGAUGGCCAUGCAACAAGCCCUCGCACGCCGGUCGCCUGCCUCCAGAGUCCCGACCUCUGCCACGCCGGAGAAGUGUGAGGCUGAGAUGUCCACAGCCUCGUUUCGUUCCUGGAGGAGGUCUGCCGAGUGCUGGGUUAGGCUGAACCAAUGGGGCGCGCCGGAGGCCGUGCUACACAUCCGCCUUCUCUGCACACCGGCCCUGCAACGCACGCUGGACACAAGGUACACCAUGCUGCAAUGGGAGGCCCUGUCGACGACCGAGGCACUGGACGCCAUCGAGAACCUGGUACUGAAGGGAACCAACCAGGCGGCCGUGUGGAGCACCUUCUUCAGUAGCCGUCAGGCGCCCGGUGAGUCAGUCUCGGACUUCUUCAGGCAGUGUUCCCAGACUGCCGCCGACUGCGGGUUUCAGUGCCCUUCGUGUGGUGAUGAUUUGGCGGAAUACAUGCUGCUGCGGAAGUUGAUGGGCGGCCUAAGCGAUCCGGUGAUGAAGAGAGAGGGUGGAACGCCAGGGGCCAGUCAGAACCCUUGAGCCCCUUUCCCCGGGCUCUAGAGUGUGGGUGCAGAACCAGAUGACUAAGGUAUGGGACAGGAGUGGAGUGGUAGCUGAGGCACUCCCACACCGCCAAUAUACCGUCAGGUUGGAUGGUAGUGGCCGUCUGUCGCUCCGCAACCGUCGGCACCUGAGGGUGAAACGGGGGGCAACCCUCGCCAGCCCCGCACCGUCUCACGCGGGACCCACACCCGCAACCAGCCCCACCCCACAGCCCCGGCAGUCAACCCCAUCACGCCCACGGAGGACUUCUCGUCGUCCCCAGUGGUUAGCCGACUACGACGAGUCCUCUCCACCUUAAUUGAGUUGCCAAUCCAAAGGCUUGGCUUAAGAGUGAUCCCGAGCUAUCUGUACCAUCAAGAUCAAGAUCGAGCGUCCAUAUCAGAUGGUGAGUCUGCUUACAAAAUUGCAUCGGAGGGAUUGAUAGGGCUAGCCACAAUUAUCCAUCAUCAUCGGCGACACCAUGGCUCUUGAGAAGACAGACAGACCCCGAUGACAGCGUGGUGAGCGAGGAGGGGGAGUCAACCAGCGGGGGGAGCAUGACCCCUACUUUGAACCAGUGGUGACCUUGCUGGAGGUCUUCGUGGUUAGUGAUGAUGACCAGGAGGAGGAAAUGAUAAGACUGAGUUUCGACAUCAGGCAGUACAAGCUGUUUCAUUAUCACACCUCUGAGUCGCCCCCACAGUGGAAGGAACGGGGCAUGGGGGCCAUUAACAUUCUGAGGAACAAGCAGAAGAAGGCUGUGGAGUUUGUUCAGCGGCAGAAUUAAUGCCAGUGGCUGAGUUCAGAUCCUCCAAGACACACACACACACAGCAGCCCCUCCACCUCCCCACAGCCCUCCACUGUAUGAAAUAUACCUACCUAUUUCCAUCUGUUAUCCCCAUCCAUAAACUUGUCUAAUCUUCUCUUAAAGCUCUCUAGUGUCCUAGCACUAACUACAUGAUUACUGAGUCCGUUCCACUCAUCUACCACUCUAUUUGGGAACAAAUUUUUUCCUAUCCUUCCUAAACCUAAAUUUUUCAAGCUUGUACCCGUUAUUUCUUGUUCUCCCCUGGUUGCUGAUCCUAAGAAUUUUGCCUACAUCCCCCUUGUUAUAACCCUUAUACCACUCAAAGACUUCUAUCAGGUCCCCUCUUAACCUACAUAUCUCCAAAGAAUGUAAAUUUAACAGCUUCAACCUCGCCUCAUAAGGAAUACUCCUCAUCCCCUGUAUCCUUUUAGUCAUUCUCCUCUGUACUGAUUCUAAUAGACCUAUAUCUUUCCUGUAAUGUGGGGACCAGAACUGCACAGCGUAGUCUAGAUGAGGUCUGACCAGCACCAAGUAUAACUUUAAUAUUACUUCCGGCCUUCUACUUUUAACACUCCUAAAAAUCACACACACCACAGGAGCCUCACAAACAGUCUCACAGCCUUCACAAGCAGCCCCACACUCCACCACAGACACACCAGACCCACAGCCCUUCACCUCACCCACUUCCCAGCCCCCCACAGCCCCCCAGCCACCACAAAUGAAGUCAAAGGAAGGGACUGUGGCUUCACCCAGCCAGCCAGGACAGCCUACAGAGAGGGGGUAGUCCCAGUCAAGUCACAAAAUAUAGGCUUGGUUCUUCCUACAGUUUGAAGUCAAUGAUUGGACAGGCCAGACAGCUUAGUGGCAGAGCUGCAGGUGGCCCUCGUCAGCUUCCUGGUGGCACAGGUGUAGGACGGCUGGGAGCAGUGGAGGUGCCUGAUGGGGCAGCUGUACCGGGCAGAGGGGCUGCUGCUGCUGGGGAGAGCCACACUUGUAUGCUAAGCUUCUCUCAGUCCUUCUCUAACAGCCCCACAGUUACUGACCUUGACUCAAACACCAUCACGGCACUCUCUUCCCUGUUAAACUUGCCGGGAUCCAUUGUAAUGUAAGGGGUAUUGAAUGUGAGCGAUGAAACGAGAAGGUAGUGGCAAGGGGGAAAAAAGUACAGGGGAGCGCAGGAGAGACACCUCUCUCCACUGUGCCUGACAGUCUCUCAGUGAUUGAAAGACUGAGCAUAACAUCUUCAGGGCACGUGGUAACACGGAGAGGAAGUGGAAGAAACCUUGGGACGCUCCCAUAACUCAGGAGCAAGAAAUACACCUUACUGGAAACCUUGUGACUGACAGGUGGCGGUGACUGCAGGAACCAAUUCAGAUGUCUGUCUUGUGUUGGCGAACGUCCUGUCUGCAGUCAGGCCAGUAGUGCCAUGUCGCAGGGUGUGACAUCAGGUGAAGAGCCAAAUGGAGAGUGUCUGCAGCCAGUACUGGGUGUGCUGAUGCUGUACACAAGUGUCGAGCCAGGUGCCACAGCACAUGACUCCACCAGUGUAGUGUCUCUAGUCCAGGAUGCACUGCUGUGUACGACUUGUAUGUCUUUAUAAAUUUGUGACUAUUCUUAUUAUAUUUGUGAAAUAAGACUUGUAUGUCUUUGCUAAUAAAUAAAUAUUUGACUAUUCUUAUUAUAUAUGUGAAAUAAAUAUAUAGUUAGCUAACAGUGUGGUAUAAUAGUGUAAAAAUAAAUUUGAUAAUUCAUGCAUGCCCCAAAGGUAAAAAAAAAAAAAAACAGGAUUGUGCCCUCUAAACUUUUAAGAUACCACUUGCACAUAGAAGCCCCAUCGCAGCGACUCCAGUGUUGGCUGGGAUGGGGCUUCUAUGUGCAAAUGGUAUCUUAAACUUAGUUUGGCUAAGUUUAGUAGCCAAUCCUGGCUUUUUUUUUUUUUUUUUUGCCUUGAGGGCAUGACCUGUACUCCCAGAAAGACUAUUUGCCAAAGAUAUUAUUGACAUGGCAUAAAUAACUAUCAUUAUGUUCAAGAUGGUAUACUGAAUGUUUAUUGUUUUAAUGUGAAUGUUAAGUGAAUAAAUACACAACAAUAAUAUAAA